CCCCAGUCGCAGUCACACUCCUCCCCCAGUCUCCUCGCCCCCCGACCCGAGCCGCCAGGCGGACACACGCGGCUCCCCCGUCCGUCCGUCCAACCAACUACAGUUUUUCCCCCUCGCUCUCCUCCUCCCUCCUCCCCAGACGGUCAGACCUGCGCCAAGCCGCCAAGAGGAGACGGAGCACAGGGCGGGGCAACAGGACAGCGCGGCAAAGCCGAGGGAGCGGGAAGCGAGAGCCGCGCCGGCCGCCUGGUGCGCGGGCGUCUGCCUGUCCUCCACUGGGCCGCGGGCCGCCGGCGCAUGGCGUCGUCGCGGGUGAUGGCGUCGUCGUCCCCGCCGCAGCCCGCCGGGGCCGGAGGAUCCUCCUCGGACCUCGCGCGCUUCAGGAGUGGCAGCGGCAGCGGCAUCGGAUCCAUGAACAUGGACGACAUCAUCCGCAACAUCUACGGCCCGGAGGCCGUCGCCGUCGCCGGCGGGGGCGGGGCGGCGGAGCCCUCGCCCGCCCCGGCGGCCGCGGCCCGGCGGACGUCGGAGGAGGUGUGGAAGGAGAUCUCCGCCGCGGGGGGGCUCUCCGCGCCCGCGCUCCCCCCUCCCCCUCCCGCCGCCGGCGGCGGCUCCGGGGCCAGGGGCGGCGGCCGCGACGCGGCGGAGAUGACCCUGGAGGAUUUCCUGGCGCGGGAUUCCGGCGCCAGGGCCGCCGCGGCGGCGGCGGCGGCGGAGGGGAACAUGGCGCUGGGGUUCCCCGUCCCCGACGGGGAUGCGGCGGGGGCGGGAGCCGGCGCCGGGAGGGGGGCCAGGAAGCGGGCGCUCGUGGAUCCCGCGGACCGCGCGGUGAUGCAGCGCCAGAAGCGCAUGAUCAAGAACCGCGAGUCCGCGGCGAGGUCCAGGGACAGGAAGCAGGCGUAUGUCGCGGAGCUGGAAUCGCAGGUUACGCAGCUCGAGGAGGAGCAAGCAGAACUGUUAACGGAGCAGGAGGAGCGACGCCAGCAGAGGCUUAAGGAGCUGAUGGAAAGGGCAUUUCCAGUCAUAAGGAAAAAACUGUCACGUGAUCUUAGAAGAACCAACUCCAUGGAGUGGUAGAAAAAUGACCCCAAUCCCUGUUUCUCUUCCUUAGAAGUUACAGAGUUUCUAUUUUUUUUUCCUUUUAGAUUUUUGUUUCCCCUAGUUUUCAUUGGCAGCUAUGUAGGAAUAGCAGAAACCAUUUUUAGGUGACAUGAAAUCUGUUUAGGGUUGGGAUUGUGCGUGAUCAAGAAGUCACGCCAUUCAGAAUUUGUCUGUUGUCAGCUUUACUGUUUCCUUAUGAAUGCGGCUGAGUGUUGUACAAACAUGAACGAUAAGAUUUGCUUGAAGGGUGGAAAGUAUCUUCAUUGCAAAGUCAGCUACUUUUACAUA